AUGCAGCGCGUGCGCGAAAGAUCAUCCCAGCAGGAAGUGACCUCGGAGAGGUUGCAAUCACAAGAGCAAUAUGAUGAUAUCGAGUCUGCUGUCAAAGCUUGGGAGAAAAAUGUCUCGGAGAAGGCAAAGGAAAUGGAAGACCAGAUCGCUGAUAAAGUUUGCGAGGUGAGCGUGAUGAAACAGGACUACGACGAAAUGGUGAUCAAAUUAAAAGGAGUCCGAAAACGCCAUGACAUUCUCGAGCAGCAAUCACUAAAACUCCGAAAUGACACCGAAAUCGUCCGGCUCAACAGCAUCCGGCUUCGACAAACGAAUCAGAAUAUCAAGGAGGUUAUCAAAUGUGAUCAAAAUGAUAUUGCUACAGAGAAGAUUGAACUGGAAAAUCGCCGUGGAAUCAUGGAAGAAAUCAUCGCCCCUUUAUCCUCUCUCUCGAUAGAAGUCGAAGCGGUUGUUCGACAAAUCGACGAGCAAAUCAAUGAGCUGACAGUUUUGCGCGAACAGAAGUCCCUCGAACAGGUCGCUGAACUGGAUGAAGUUGGAGCAAAUGUGAAAAAAGCAAAAAACAACCUCGAUCUUGAGAAAAAUCGACUUCAUCUCGCUCAGCGAGAAUACGCCAGAAUUUCUACAUCCUCAAAAGCGACCAUCGCUGAAGCUGAUAAUUUACAAGAUCAUCUGAACAACGAGCGAUACCGACUGAACCAAAUUCGUGGCCAAAUCGAGCGAAUUCAAAAAGAAAUCACCAUUCACGAAGAAAAAUUAUCCGUUCAAGAGAAACUCCGUGACACUUUCCUUCUUCGAAAAGACAACUUCCAAUCUGAACAUGCGAAGAAGAUCGAAGCUCUAAAGGCGAAAAACCAAAGUGAGGUUGAUAACUUGGAGGCUGAGUCGACGGCGCUCAAGUCGAAGAAGGCUACAGUUGAUCAACUCUACGAAAAUAGAGUCAAUGAACACAAUGAAAAGGAGCAAGAAGUAGCCGCUAACAAACUGGCCAUCGAACAGUUAAAACACGAGCAGUCAAAGCUCGACGGGCAAUACAUGAAACAACGCGCAGUGCUCGACGAAGUCUUGGUCAAAGUCAAAAUCCUCACUGACCACAUGAACUCGCGCCUCACCCGUUAUCAUCAAGAUCAGAGCACGCUGGAAACUGACGUACAAACAUUAACAGAACGAAAGGAAAAGGUCGAAACGCUAACGAAACUUGGAGCAGAAAUGGAGGAGAAAAUCAAGCUGAUGGAAACUCAAGAUAUAGAAAUUUCUGAAAGAAUCGCAAAGGGACUGGCUCGAGUAGAAGCUGAUGACCACGAAGAGAAACUGGAGCUCAAUUUGGCCGAGCAAGGCGAAUGCGAAGAAACGAUAAAAAGGGUUGAACGCCAACUGAUCCAGCUCACUGGCGGGGUCACCGCGAAAGAAGACCACAUCAAGUAUCUGAAAAACUCCAUCACAGAUGCGGAAGAAGCUAUUAAUCAGCUUGAACGAGAAGUGGCAAAGAUUGACUUCGCCGACGUUGAAUCUGAACUGGCGAAGCUAAACGCAGAAAUUGAGGAAAACGACCUCGAAAUCGGGAACUUCAACAACACGCGCAUCGACUGGUUCGAAAAGCAGCUUGAUCUUCAAAACGAAAUUGAACGGAUGGAAUCAAUCGAGCAAGAUUUCAAGGAGCUUGACGAGGAAUUCGAAAAGCAAAAUGAAGAAAUCAAAAAGAAGAAAACCUAUAAAAGAACUGCGAAGGGCGAAAAGACAAGAAUGGCCAGCAAAAUCAAGACUCAACAGAAAAAAGUCGAUGUUCUUAAAAAGUCGGCCAUAAAUUUGGAGAAAAAGGUCGAAGAAUUGGCCGAAAAGAGUGGCGAGGAGCUGGAAACGAUCGAAGAAGUCGAAGAAGAAAAACUCAAGCUCGAGGAAGAAAUUGACAAGAUCAGACUCGAAAUCGAGAAUCUUGAGGAAGAAGCUUCAGAACAGGAAACAAGCACGUAUCAAGAAAAGUUCAAGACUCAAAUGGAAAAGAUCCUUGAUGACCUCGAACUGAAUAUUCAGUCAAAAGAGGCAAUUCUUCUCAAUGCUGCUUCUGCCCUUGAAAAGAAAGCAGAAAAUCAAGCUGAAAUCGAGAAACUAGAGGAGGAAGUCGUCGAGCUCAAGAAAUCAAUUGAAAAAAUCAAACAAGUGAAAGAACUUGAGCAGUCGAUCCUCAAGGUUUCCAAGCUAAAGCGAAAGCGAGAAUCGCCUGAUAGCAGCAACAAACAGAGCUCUUCCAAGAGAGAGUCCAAAAGCAAAGUCAAGGUAUACGUCGAAGACAAGUUUUCAAUUCCUACAAAUCCAAAGUUCUCUGAGAGUACUAUGCUUCAAGAACUCGCAGGACCAAUGAUCGCUUCAACCCCUCAACCCAAGGAAAGAACUUCCAAGCGAAAAGGCCUGACCAUCCGUCAAAAUCCUCCUCCAAAGCAAACUAGAAUUCAUAGCUGA